AUGGUUCCCGUCAAUAGCAAAAAUAACCGCAUCCCAAUCGAAGCUUUAUUUGCCGAGAUAGCCGUGAAACUAGAAGUGCACAGACAUGGAGCUGUUGUAUCUGGCUACAUCCAUUGUGGAGGAAGAUGUGGAGGGAGAGGAGUGGUUGAGCAAGGAGGAGGCGAGGGAAAGAAUGAAGGCGAAGAGGGAGUUAAGGAGGAGGAUUCAGGCUUGGAUAGAAGAUGUGGAGCGAGAGGAGAGGUUGAGCAAGGAGGAAGCGAGGGAAAGAAUGAAGGCGAAGAGGGAGUUAAGGAGGAGGAUUCAGGCUUGGAUAGAAGAUGUGGAGCGAGAGGAGAGGUUGAGGAGGCAGGAGGAGGCGAGGGAAAGAAUGGAGGCGAAGAGGGAGGAGAGGAGGAGGAGGAUUCAGACUUGGAUUGA